AUGGCAACGAAACCUCCCCCCAAAUCUAAUGGAAAGAUGAAGACAUCCUUCAUGUUUCCGUUGCUCCAUCGGGACGUUGUCAACGCAGUCUCUGGCGACAUCUCUUCAACAUGGUUCAACGGAAAACCCAGCGAUAGGAACUCCAACAACGAAUACUCGACGCAUGUGAUGGGCAAGUUCAUUUGCAACAACAAGGCCUGCCCCACUGGCGGUUGGGGUAGCAAAAAGGUGGCAAUACUCAUAAGAGGAUACCCCGGAAAUGGUUACAACGCCGAGGUGUUCAAUCAGCGCUGCAAAUCUUGCAAUCGUCCAGGUAGCAUGAAACUUGACGAGGACUCAUACGUCGACCGAGUCGCAUACAGGCUCAAGAAAUGGGCGGGUAUUCCCAUGGAGAAGCAACAUUACGAGCGAAAGAUCAGUCUACCACACGAGGAAAUGUUCUGUGAAGGCUGCAAGAGAGGUCUUUGUCAACGGUCGGGAUGGGUGGAUAACUGGGAGUAA